CCUGCUAACGUACGGGGCUGCAACUAACGAUUACCUUCAUCAUCGUUUGGUCUAUAAAAUGUGCAACAUUUCCUAAAAGCCCGGGGCUGUGUCCUCUCAUAUUUUUGGGUUUGUUUAUGGCUGUGAUGGUUAUUUUUCUUUAUUAAUCCAAAGUGGUGUUUACCGGCCAUUUUCUUUAAGGGACCCUUUUCCAUCAUUAAGUUAACGACCUCCAACUGAGUCGCAUUUUACGGAUGUUUCAGUGGAGAUGUGGAUGAAUUUUGAGCAGAUUACUGUGAUCAGACGAGUUUCACUGUGGAUGUCAUUUAGUUUUUAGACAAUUCACUGAUCUUGUAUUUUGCAUUUUAAGCUCUUACAAGCCAUUCAAACUAUCAAGUCUCAGUCUCUUAAAAUGCCUGAAUGUGGGAGUGUUCGUCUUUUGUGCUUGAUGAAAGGGUAGAUUAAUUUGAGGAACUGUAGUUUAAUGAACUCGAUUGGCACUUAACUGCGUAAACAUUUCAACUCACUCAGAGUUGUAUCCAGUUGUAGAUACCGGCUACCUAAAUUAACAAAGAUGUUGAAAAUCAUCCUGACUUGUAAUGUUGGAGUAAGUGAGAGAAAAGUCUGGAUCAGCAUCCAAAGUAAAGCGGGUCUAUUCUGGGCUGAGAGUCGUCCUCCACCCAAGUUUUGUGGAAAUCCGCUGUGUAGUUUUUGUGUAAACCUUCUAACAAUCCAACAAACCAACAGACAGGGUGAAAACAAAACCUCCGUUAUGAAGGAACACAAUCAACAGAGCUUCCAGAAAUGUUUUACUGUAAAUCUCCCCACAGAUGUGAUGUGGCAGCUCCUCCUGGACUCAGGUUGAGUUAAUUAGAGGCGCUCGGUGGACAAACUUACAUGCAGACAUAACUGUUGUGUCUGCACGGAGCAGCAUGUGAUGUCAGAACAUUCAUAACAGUCAUAACAGAGAAAAUAUAUCGUGUUAGACCUUUGAACAAAGACACGACAAAGACAAUAUUAUCUUUUGAUCUUCAUGCUUUACUAGAAUUGUGUUUAUUGCACGAUUAUUUAUACCACAUGCAGUCACAUCAGUACUAGCUGGAGCUCAGCAGUAUGGCCUCUUGAGAUAUUUCUUUAUUAUGUUGAUUUUUGAUAAUCAUCAGUAACUCCUUCAGACGUAUCAGUGAACCACCACACCAGACUAAAGCCUCUGUGUUGCUCUGACUGUGAGAAAAGCAGGUGUUCUCUGGGUAAAAACAACCUCUCAGAGCUGACAGUGUUUUACAAAUCUCCCCCAACUCGUCAUAAAAGAACAUUUAAGGCCAUGUGGGUCGUCAUCUCUCAGUUUUUUUGGCUGAGAUAUUGUGUUAGUAGGCAGCAUUUUCCCCCACAGUUGCAGUCGACCCAGCAGGUGAUGCUUCUCCUUCCAGACUUAAUGGGAACUUUCCAUUUGAAGUCUGAGCUCUUUAUGGCUCCGCUGCUAAAAGUGCCGGGCCUUUUCGUUCUUAAUUGGCGCCAAAGGCCCCAUAUUAAACGGUAUUAAAGGAGGGGCGGAGACGAGAGUUCGGUCUCAGUGUCGGAGGAGUCUCAUUGGACGGGAGGAAAUGUGUCGGGGGUCUGACAUGGGGAUCUGUAUUUAACCCACUGAGACGUGUUCAUGCAGUGAAGACAGCUUCCUGAGCCAGGGGUUCAAGAUGGUUUCCUCACUGUGGAUGGCGGGGGCUCUCUGCUGUCUGAUGUUGCUCCCAGGGCUGCUGGAGGCCAAAUCUUUGUUGAACAUCAUCCAGCAGGAAGAGAUGGUACCCGUCAACAUCGACCCGGCAAAAGCAAACGACUUCCUGACUCACUCCAGACCGAAGCGUAACGCGGACCCCAGGUGGUACAGAGGAAACCCAGACUUCCAGGCGUACUACCGCUACUACAGCAGCAUCGGACACACUGAGGGGCUCUACGAGAUCGACAAGCUGCGGAUGCUCUACCAGCAGAUGAGGUACCUGGAGCACACCUACGGCCCCAACGCUUCCUACUUCCAGAGCAAACUGGGAGUGCCAGUGCUCAUGUGUGACCCAGCCACGGACAAGAAGUGCAAAGUCGCUCCUCCUCCACCUCCAAUGAAAGGGGUUCCUAGGCCCACAGAGCCUCCUGCUCCUCCUCCUCCAUCCAUCUCCCAGGCUGACGUCCUCUUCCUGUGCAACAAGAAGGAUCCUCUCUGCAAGCCCCACAUCGUCUACAUGCCCACAGGCGCCGUGCCCGUCCUCUGUGACCCCCGCUACCACCCCCACUGCACCCCCCAGAAAGCCACUCCAGAACCACCACCUCCUCCUCCUCCCCCUCCACCCAAAAAGUCCGCCCCACCUCCACCAAUCCUCGUCAAGAAGCCUCCCCCGGCUCCCAUCCGCAUCUUCAAGGGCAUGGAGUACGACUGUGACCCGUACUGGGACCCUGACUGCCUCAUCGACCACCCACCCCGGCCUGUGAAGGGGAAGAUCCUGCUCCCUCCGCCGCCGCCAGCCCCUCCUGUGGAGGAGGAAAAGAAAGAGGAGCCGUUGGAGGAGAAAGCUCCCCCUGCUCCUGUCGAGAAGAAAGUACCACACUACCCUUACCCUUACUACUACGCAAUGCCCUACGACCCCAGGGACGACCUGUACGACCCGUCCCGCUUCCACUACCCACAGCCUGCUGCGUCAGCUGACGAGCCUGCAGAGGACAGUCAGUAAAACAACAUGAAGGUGUUUCCAACUUUAAAUGAAACAGACUUUGAUUGAAAACAUCAAUUUCAUAUCUUGAGGGGGAUUUUAAAGGACACCUAUUACGCUUUUUUCUUUAGUGUUUGAUCUAGGUUCUUGUUCAUGUAAAAUAUCUUGAAAGUUAAAGAGGUGGAAGUCAAAACCAGCAGGAGCUCCUCUGUCCCACAGAGAACACUGCGCCUGAAACAGAAGUUCUAGUCUGGUAGUGAGAAUUGUUGCAGAUUUUGUCUGAGCUGUUGUUUAAACUGUAUUUACCAUCAAUGUUGGAACAGUAGAAAAGCAGCUGUAAGUCAACACAAGCAUGUAAUGAAAAUGAUUUUUGAGAAAUGAGAUAAUAAAG